AUGUCUGUACAUUACCAGACCGCCGGCUACUCCAUGCCCAUCAAUGUCCCCAGCAAGGGCAACCAAUACCCUUCUUACAGCCAGUACUCCAUCUCGCCGCCCGAGUGCGACGACUCGGCCUCGACCAUCUCCGGCGUGCCCUCCCUCUCCCACACCGGCUUCUCCAGCGCCUCCGCUGCCAGCUUUCUCCCCGGCAGCGCCGUCCCCUCCAGCACCGGCGCCGAGUUUGACAGCGUCGGCUCCGCCAGCGGCGUCGACUUUCAAGACUACAUGCAGGACCGCUUCUCACACUCCUUUAACCCCAUCCCGCUCGACCGCAGCAUGGUCGUCCAGGCGCAAACAUCUGGCAAACUCAACGCCAAGCAUCGCGAGCUCGCUGAUCUGCAGAGACAGGCGCAGGCUCGUCUGGCCCGCACUCGCGAGCGUUUUCAAGAGGGCAUGCGGGAUGCGCGCGAGGUUCGCAGCGACCUCGAGUGGACGCAAAAGAAAGUCUCAACGCUCAACGCCAAAGCCUCGCGCAUGCACCCAAAAGAGUAUGCCAAGGCCCGUGCCAGAUUUCCGUCCCCCGAAUGCUAG